AUGGACUCGCCCGAGCCCGAUACCCCUUUCAGCGCCGUCACAGCACAAACAACCAAGUACGGGCGCCUGUUCCAGACGUACCUCGACAAGUCAACGCCCUACACACCCUACCGAUGGGGCGGCACAGCGACGCUCUUCCUGCUCUUCGGCCUGCGCAUCUUCUUCGCCCAGGGCUGGUACAUCGUCGCAUACUCGCUCGGCAUCUACCUGCUGAACCUCUUCCUCGCCUUCCUGUCCCCCAAAUUCGACCCCGCGCUCGAGCAAGAUGAGGGCAUGGAGGACGGCAAUGCGAGCGGCUUGCCCACCAAGGAGGACCAGGAGUUCAGGCCGUUUGUCCGCAGGCUGCCCGAGUUCAAGUUCUGGUACUCGACUACCAAGGCGAUUGCUAUUGGCUUCUUCUGCAGCUGGUUUGAGAUUUUCAACUUGCCCGUCUUCUGGCCCGUGUUGGUCGUUUACUGGUUGAUUCUAUUUGGCUUGACGAUGCGACGACAGAUUCAACACAUGAUCAAGUACCGCUACGUCCCCUUCACCGUCGGAAAGACUCGGUACCAGAACGCCAACUAA